AUGGCUACGCCAGUCGCACCGCCAGCCAUACAGCCAAACCCUCACCCACCACAAACCACUCCAGCCGAACCCACGCGAGAAUGGUACUGGGACUUUGGCGACAUCCGCCUCAACUUCCCCCCAGACGGGGUCAGCGAGAUCGUCGUGAUGGAACAGUGGAGCUGGCACGACGACGUCUCGCAGAAUCACACGGCAAACUCGGCCUCUCGCCUCGACUCGUACCGCCAGGACCAGAUCAUCCAGCGCCUACAGGAGCCAAUUCCAACACAUGAAAACCGACCCCCAUCAUCAGGCUUCCAGCUUGCAAUCGUCCCGUGCUCGUUCCAGUCCCUGCCGUGCGUGGGGAUCGAGCUUCUCGACAAGAUGAACGAGGCGCUAGGCCUAAUAAACCAUCACCACCACUACGCAUCUGUGCGCUCUGGCGCGAUCGGGACCUUCCAGAUGGCUGAUGGUAGUUGGCUCUUCGCGCGCCCCAGGGCCCCCGACUUCUCAUCCCUCACCACAAUCCUCCGCUACACGCCCUCAACAAACACCACCCGCGGUGUAAUCUACCACGACUCCGUCCUCCCCCAAUCCUCAAACAUAACCGCCGAGUUCGCCAUGUGCCCACAUCCCCUCCUCAUCCCGCUGAUUGCCUGCGAACUCACCCUCCACAACAACGUCUACCACCUGGAGCGGUACCAAACAACCCUCGAACAAAUGGAAGGCGCAACAGGCUACGGCGUCCUCAACGAGAAUGCCGAAGCCGUCCUCGAUCACCGCAUGCUCGUGAAAGCGCUAAGCCAAGCACGCAGCGGCGUGCAUCUCGCCCUCUCGACCCUCCGCUCAACAAAGUCGUGCGUCGAGUUCAUCCUCAGAAAGAUCGACUGGGUUGAUGAGCGGCUGUCGCCCGAAACGCAUGCUCGCCUUAAGGCCCGGCAUGCAAGCACGGCACUCCGCGAGCGCGCCGAGUUCGUGGCCAGUACCAUCGAGCACGCUCUGCUCCGCGGCGGCGUCAAGGAACGGCUCGAGGGCCAGCACUCCACGCUCUUCAACCUCAUCACGCAGAACGAUAGCCUCCUGAGCACGAGCAUCGCGCAGGACAGCCGCGAGAUUGCGGCGGCGAGUAAACGCGAUUCCUCGAGCAUGAAGAUCGUUGCGUUCCUGACGACCUUCUUUCUCCCUGCUACGUUUGUUGCUACAUUCUUCUCAAUGCCCCUCUUCAACUGGGACAGCCCGUCUGUGUCGCACGUCGCAACGGGCCACUUCUGGGUGUUCUGGGCUGUUGCGGCGCCGCUGACGGUCGUUACGAUGGUGUGUAUCGUGGCGUGGGCUGUUUGGCAUGAGCGGAAUACGAGACGCAUGGAGCGGAAGGAGAGGUUGGGGUUUAGUCAGGUCGUUGCGGAUGAGGCGAUGAAUUUGAAGAGGGCGGCGACGAUGCGUGAGGAGAAUGCGGGUGCGAAUGGGAUUGGGGGAGGGGGAUAG